UAAACAUUCUAGUUUAUGGAUGCCAAGUCGACUUGUUGAAAAGGCAUUUGAAAUUUCCACUCAGUGGUAGUAGAUUGUGUGGAAGAUUGUUUGCGCGAAACUCUUGUGAAAUCGCGCAGUCACUAUUAUUCUGACUUCCACUUGAAGAUAUGGCUUCGCCACGUACCCGUCGUAAACUGAACUCAAUCCGGACAAUAGACGAAAACCAUAAAUGUUUCGAAUGCGGCUCGCUAAACCCUCAGUGGGUGUCCGUAACCUACGGAAUAUGGAUUUGCUUGGAGUGUUCUGGCGUUCACCGCAGCCUAGGAGUCCACUUAUCGUUCGUGAGGUCAGUUACCAUGGAUAAAUGGAAGGACAUCGAAUUGGAAAAGAUGAUGGUUGGCGGAAAUGCGAAGGCGCGUGAAUUCUUCGAGAGCCAGCUGGAUUACAGGCCCGAUAUGACCAUACCCCAGAAAUACAACACUAAGGCUGCAUCCAUGUACAGACAGAAGAUAACAGCCCUAGCCGAGGGUCGCCAAUGGAGCCCCACCGACUACAAGCCGGACACAGUGGAGAAGCCGUCAGAAUGGAGCCAAUCUCGAGACUUCUACUCCUCCGGCGACAACUUGCACAGCAGUGGCUCCGACAACAAUAUCAGCUACCACACCGAGUAUGGGAGCGGGCGGUACACCGGUUUCGGGAACAUUCCCAAGCAGUCCCAAUCGACGCCAAUGUCUCCCAUUCACAGCGGCAAUGAAAUGGUUGACAAUACGCUGGCUUCGCUCGCCUCGGGCUGGUCAAUGUUCGCGUCGUCUGUGACAAAAGCGGCCCGCACGGCCACAGAGAGCGCGGUCCGGUACGGUGGCAUCGCCACGCAAAAGGUCACCGAAAUGGCCACCACCGUUACUGACAAAGUGAACAACCGUGGUGGAUGGAACUCUUUGGGCGGGACGACCGAGACGCGCCGGGCAUCGAACUCUGGACACUACCAGUCGCAAAGCUAUGGUGCCAUGAAGAGUUCCACGUCUGAGCCCUACUCCCAGUGGAACGAGCAAACCCAGCCGUGGAAGGAGUCGGUGGCUACCCGGAAUAAUUUGGACGCUCGCGAUUUGUCGCAGGUGGGCGUCUCCAGCCCACCUCCCAGUAAGAAGGACGAAGAGUCUUGGGACUGGCUCAAUAACUAAAUGUGAUUUCCACAAUUCGAAGAUUGUUUAGCUAAAUGCUGUAGCGCAAUUUCUAUUCUUAAGCAAAUCUAUCAUUGUUUAGAAUACUGUUUGUGUGUGGGUCGAUAAGGGGGUGUCUGUUAAUUAGCGACGUCAUUACUACUUUGUCUAAUUAGAUUGACAAAAAUGAAUACAAUUUACGGCUUAAUCCAUUCUGUGUACUAUCCUACCUAAUUUUAAAGCCCCCCCCCCCCCUACCUAAAUAGUUAAUUUCCAAUAAUCGUAUAUGAAAUAUUUAUAUUUAAUUGAAAAGAUUUGUAAUCUCUAAUUGUUUGUUAUGGAUUUUUAGUAUCAGUUGGUAUUGUUAAAACUUGAAAGUUCACAGUUUUUUGUAACCUAUUCUAUAUUCAGACAGAUCACCUAAUUCUAUAUUUUAACCUAUUUAAUAUUUAUUUAUAUGUACUUCAAUGAAGACAAGACAUUAUAAUCCCCUUUUCGACGGCUAAUCUUUGUUUUUAAACUGACAUUCGCUCGAAUUUAAAAACAAAUAUUUUAAAAAAUAUAUAUUUUUCGAGUAGAUAUUUCUUUUUAAACCCGUAAUGUAAAUAAUAAUUAUUGUUAUUUCAACAUAUUGUUAUCUAUAUACGUUGUUUUAGCAAAUCCUUUAUUAUAUUUGUAUGUAUGUAUAGGUACUCAUAUACCAUAUUCGGCUUGUAAAUCUAUCCGCUGGCAAAAGCUAGCUGUAAAAUAUUCAUAGCAAUUUUUUUGUGGUGUGCGCCCAUACAUGCGUGUGUUUUCGGGAAUUUGCGAAAUGUUUUGACAUUUUGUGACAAGUCUUCGUAUUUAUUAGAACGAUUUAUUGCUAUCUCUUUCGCUUGCUAUGGAAACGGAAGAGUUCGCGACAGUUUGUAUGGCCUCGUGAAACUAUUCGUGAAGAUCUGGGCUCACCAUAACGUGCGUAUGUUUUAUAUAUACUUAUACCUUGUAACUAACGUUAGACAUAACUAAAUAAACGUUAGAUUAUUUUGUUAUGAAUCGAUGUGUUAUGAAUAUUACAAAUACCGAGAUAUUUGCUUAAAGUGUAACAUGGAUUUCGCAUACAAACUUUUUAGCAAUGAUAUAUUUAAAGCUUCUAUGUUUUAACAUCCUGUUAUUUGACAGUAUUAAACUAGAUUUCUUGUCGAUGGAGUACAUUCCAUACUACUCUGUUACCUUCCAUUAAUUUUACCUCCAUAUACGACACGGCUACAACCGUAUUUUUAAUUUGAGCAAUGAUAUAAAUUUAUAUAAAUAAUCUUUGCCAAAAUUAACCCAAUUAAAAAUAUAUGUGAUUUUAUUAAUACGUACUAUAUGUAAUCCUCUCUGAAGACCUCUUCACUCUCAUAUUAAUUUUAAAUUUAAAAAUAUAAAUAUGUAUCUGUCUUUCCGUCUGUCAAUUGUGCCUACAUUUAGCAAGGUAAAGGAAGUCAUAUAAAAUGAAAGAGUUAACAGGUUAAAGCCAGGGCUUACGGGAUUGGCAAUAUUUAACUAAGAAUAAAUGAAAUGCAUAAAUGUAUCUAAAAAUAAUAAAAGCAUUAUGAUUCAAUGUACUUUAAUUCUGACGAAUUAACAUUCAAACAAUAGAUUGUACAUUUUAUUAGUUACGCGAUUUUUGUUCUGAUCAAAGUAUAUUAGGAAUGUUUUGUGACAUGUGUCAUAUCACAGUCAUAGAAGCCCCAACAGUCGGUCGAGAAAAUAAAAAUUAGAUUUGUGACGAACAUUUUUUUGACAUUGCAAUACCAAAUGGAGUUGUCAAGAUUGUUUGAUGAACACCCAGUGUCUCCAGCCAACAGGAGACAGCGCCCACAUUUAAUUCCCUCAAUUUCUUGACAGGCACUCGAUGAAUUUUUUUCUGAUCAAUGUGUAGACUUGCUUUUCCGACUCCCAACAUUUCGACAGGAUUUCGUUUUCUGAUUUGAUUAUUUGGAAAAUAAUUUAUUCCUAAGCAACGAAAGCGUCGCGUGUAUUCAGCACAGAUCUAAGCAUUUAUUUUCUUAAGAGUUUAUUGACCCUGAAUAAAAUAGAUGUGUUUUUAAAACUGUUUUAUAAUGUAAUUAGAUGUAAUAUAUGUUAACCCCCGAAUAUCAAUUUAUUAGGUUAAAUUAAUUCACGGUAAAAUGUAAACAUCGGCCGUCCAAGCCUAAUCCUCCAUAUUUAGGUUAUUAUUUUAUUUUUAUAGAUAUUUUCGAUUUUAAUUAUGCGACUAGUUUAAGUGGUAUUCCGACUCUUGUUAAAAUAAAAGAGAAAGCAUGUUUUGAACUAUGUAUUUGACAUUGACAGAAAGAGACAAAACACAUUUUUAAAUCGGCCUAAAAGUCAGCCUAUUGUCAUGCUCGUUACAAGAAUUUCGACCUGUCUAUGGCUUACCUGCGCAAUAGCACAACGGCCUAGAAAUCGUAUACUGCGCAGACAAACCAUAGUUACCAAUUCACAUGGCUUUGUGCCAAUUUUGGUAAAUUUUCAAAUAAAUAUAAAAUCACCGACCUCUCCUAUGUCGAAUUCAGGUUUGGACGGCUGUAAUGAGCUAGCUAUCAAAACUUUCGCUUUAAAAAGGCUUUAUUAGCAAUUGAAGUGUCAUUUUAAGCUUUACAAUUCUGAUAAUAAAAUAAAUUAUAAAAGCAAUCGAAAUUUGUUAUAAAUUAUAACGCUGAAAUUAUUAAAGUUAGACAUAGUUUAGUGUAUUGCAUAAUAUUUUAUAUUGUAGCUACUUAUUAUUAUAAUUUUUAAGAAAUAUUAAGGUUUAAUUAUGUACAAAAUUAUAUUUUUAUGGAGUAUACAGUUAAUUUUCUAUUAUAUUGUAUGAUGUAAAUUUGUAUUUCACUAUGCGUAGUUAUAUUUUAAAAAUGCAAGAGUCAUAUCUGCUGGAUAAUUGUUAUUAAAGUAGAUAGAGAGGCGGAGGGACACUUGCUCGGAUCAGACCAACAGCCGUACAGAUAAUUUUGAGAUUGCCGUUGUGUAAUCCAAAGUUUCUGUAAGUAUUCGUUUAUUUACCUUAACAACGGUACGUUCAUGACACGCUUUGAAAUGCAGUCCGCGCGAACGAGAUCAUACUCGAUAUGAGUUGAUGACAUCAGUGUUAGUAAUAACACGCUCAAAGAAAGCUGGUGUCAGUUAGUCCUGUAUUUUUUUAAUUAUUGGUUGUAAGGAUGAUACCGGCAAGUGUCCCAUCUCAUAUUAAAUGUGUUGUUUUAAAUAUCUAAUUAAUGUGUAGACUUCAAAAAUUACAAUGUAGUAACAAAACUUGGUAAUAUAAGAGAUGUUUUACAACAUAUAUUUGUCGUAUGAAAUAAUUAUAUAUUAGAAAAUAAAUGAGUGUCAAAUCUUACUGCACCGCUCCCACCCGGCAAGAGGAUAUUCACGGAAAAGUGAGCUUUAAGCGUACCUUUGUAGACAUAUUUUACAAUGACAAGACGAAAGAUGACAGCGAGCAGUUCCAUAAUUUGUUGUCAGUAUAAAGUAUGUCUAUAGGGGACGUUACGCAUUAAAACUCACUUUUCAAUGGACGUCAUCCUACCAUACAUAGAUGACCUUUAGAAAUUUGCUCUAUCCACAAAAUGUUUAAAAAUCCCCAUGAGCUUAAAUAAACUUAAUGAAUGUUGAAUAAAAAAUAUCAGACGAUAACAUAUUAAGGACUAGAUCAUAAAGGGCGACUUUAUAUUCAGAAAAAUUAAGGUGCACAGCCAUGAUUUUGUUUGGGAAUUAAAUCGAUUUGAAGGUGAGGAAGUGUGGGCGUAGCACUCGCUAAAUGGCAAUGUAAAAAUUAAGAUUGCUGCAUUUUCUCGCCAGUGUAUACUUUCAUGUUGUCCAGUUAAUGUUGCUGUAUUGAUGUUCCCAUUCAUAUGUAAACUAAAUAUAUGUUACAAGUAUAUCUGUAAUAGAUUAUUUCCCUUGCAUUUGAUCUUGAAGAUGUGUCAUUGAUUGUUUAUAAGGUAAAUAAACACUAGUUAAUGCAAUAAAA